CUGUAACGCAAGCAACAUUGAACAUUGGAGCUAUUAAUUACGGCGUAUUCCUUCUCUGGGGACCUACGUGCCUAUUAUCUAGGUGACCCUUCAACUGUGAUUUUUAAUACAGGACCAAGGAAUUGCUAUCUUGAAGAAUUCUAAGAUACGUUUCGCACGCGAGUUGGUGAAAGCGACGCGGGCGCCGCGAACGAGCGAGCGAGAGGCCAACUGGUCUUAGGAGCCUCGGAACUAAACCGAUUCGCGUUCACCAUGAGUCGUAAGCCGGCAAAGUCGCGUGCCAGCGGCAGCAAGUCAUUCACGAGCUUUGGUUCCAGCUCUUUCGGCGCUUUCUCAACUUCCUCCAGAGGCACAGAUCUCUCCUACUUGGCCGAACCGCCCGACCUCUCUUCGGUAUCUGAUGCCAAUGUUGUCGUGUCGCUUAAGAAUCUACAAAAGAAGGAUGCCACAACUAAGGCCAAGGCUCUGGAGGAGCUGGUGACCUAUGUUCAAGACCAUCCGUAUGAACGAGAUGGAGGCACAGAAGAGCCUAUACUAGAAGCUUGGGUUCAACUUUAUCCUCGCAUCUCGAUAGACAAUUCCCGUCGUGUCCGCGAACUUUCUCACAUCUUACAAUUCGAGCUGAUGAAAUCAGCUCGCAAGCGCAUGGAGAAACAUGUACCUAAGAUCGUCGGUUCCUGGCUUGCUGGUACAUUCGACAAAGAUAAGGCUGUGUCUCGCGCGGCUACCGAAGGCCUUUCCUCCUUUCUUCAGACACCAGAGAAGGUCGUCCAAUUCUGGAGACGAUGUCAGGCGCAGAUUAUAGAGUAUGCGUCUAAUGCGAUCAAAGAGACCGUGGAAACACUUAGCGAUGAACGCUCUACUAGUACCGACGACGCCGAAGCCAAGUAUUACCGCGUGCUAGGAAGUAGCCUUGCAAUGGUCUUAAACCUCCUACAGAAACUCGGCCUUCCAGAUCUUGAGAAAUUCCAGGAUAGUUACGAUCAAUUCUUCGAGCAGGAUAAGAUAUGGUCUAGCAUAACUGCCAAUGAUGCCGUUGUCAGACGCAUAUCCUGUCAGCUAUUGUCUGCAUGUCUGGAGAAACGCCCAGGCAGAAUCGAAGCAGAUCUUGCACGGCUUAGCAAAGUUUUUGUUGCUGAGGGUUUAAAGUCCACGCAGACCGGUUCUGCAGCAGAUUACAUACAGACACUAACUGAGUUGACCACAAGCCACCCAACAGUCUGGACGUCUGAGUACCGUGGAAAGAAAUCACUAACAUCAAGACUGAAAAGCUUCUUGGAAAAAGGCUCACAAAUUAGCACACCAAGAUUCUGGGUUUUACUCAAUCAAUUGUUGGGUGUUAUACCCAUCGACAUAUUUCCCAAGGACCUGGAUGGCGCCUUAGAAUUUUUGAGGUGCAUGAGGUCGGGUCUUACUAGGAGGGAUGAGCCUCGCGGAAAUGCCGUGGAUGGCUGGUCAACGUACCUUAAUACUACUAGACGCUUUGUUGAAAUGAUGAAAUCUGGCGAUGAUCGGGUCAAGCUUGUGCGGGAAAACAUAUUUCCCAUCACAGCUCACUAUCUCUUUCCUACCCCUGAAACAUCCGCAUGGGCCUCCGCAAGCCAACAACAAGUCCUCAUAAAAGCAUAUACAUCGACGGCAACCUCACCAUUUAAAGAUGUCAUCGACGCCACGGGGUUGGAAUGGAAUCAGUGGAAAGAGAAUUUCAGAUCUCGACUUCUCAAUUCAUUACCAGAGGCGUCAAAGGACCAUGAGAAGUCUCAAAAGUCGGUGGCCGAAGAGGGUUUGAGAUGGUUCACUUUGACUGGUUUGGUCUUUGACGCUCAUGAGAGGACACUCGGAACUGAUCGCCCAAUCCCGAAUAUUCCAGCCAGAUAUUCCGUGGAACUUCUCCAGGAUGCCUUGAAGUUGCUUGAAACGAGAAACUGGAAACCAUUCGGGGCAGCGUCAACAUUAGAAUCGGCUUUCAGACGGGCCCCGCAGCUUUUCAAGGAAUCUUCAGAUAGUAUAGGAGAAAUACUUAACUAUAUGACGAAUCUAGUUUCAACGAAUGAAGCCGAACUACUUCAAUCGCCUUCCGCGGCUCAUGUGUUUUCCAGUAUUAACCUCCUUAGUCAGAUCCCCGAACAGGAGCAGAAGUAUAAGGAAAUUUGGAAUACGAACAUCACGGCUCUUCUAGAGCACAUCGAGAGAUCUGGGGCCUUGUUGGCGCUCACAAACCUCAUUUCGACCCAACAUGCUGCUGCACUUGCGCAACAAGUUCCAGCUCUGCAGGGCGAGUUGAUAAAACGAUGCCUAAUGUGCGCUGUGGGCACAGCGGAAGGGGGAUGGGGUCUCUUCGAAGCCGUAUUCACAUUCGAUACGUUAACAGAUUCUGCUGCUCAGCGACUCGCGAAAGAACUAGCAAAUCGCACUACGAAUACAUCAGGUCAACCCAAUCUUGGUAUGAUCAAGGGUUUACGUCUUAUAGCAGAUAAAAAGCCAGGUCUAUUGCUAAAAGAUGAGGAGGUUCAUAUGAGCUUGAUGGCUAGUUUGUUGAGCAUUUCUGAACGAUUUGACGCUACUUCCGAUGUGGUAGGGCUAAGGGAAUUGAUGGAUCAUCCUUCAACAAGUAAUUCUCGAUUGCCUGAGUUGGUUCAGCGAAGCAUUUCUACUGCCGACUCAAACUCUCUCUCCGUCGAUACCCUUGUCCAGCAAGUUCUACAGUAUUCUACUAUUGCUCUGGGUCAGGAUGACCAGCUUGACCGUUUAGUACCAGACACCGUCGUAUGGAGGGAACAAUUAUCUCUUUUCCUACAAGAAACGCCCAACCAAUCCCUUGCCCUCACCAGCGCACUUGGUGGUGCGUAUUUUCUCCCCACGCAGUCUCCAACUACACUAAAUACGCCUGUACCUAGAGAUGGAGAUGGCUGCUCAGUUCCUGGACGCAUGGCAUUGUAUACGACUAAGCUGGUCUUCGGGGGGUUUCAGCUAGACGCUUUACCCCUCCCCAAGAAGGCGGAGACCAUGAUAUGCUUGAAUUUGACCGCAGAACUCGUAUCAGACCAACUAACAGUCAUGAGCGAAGAUAAAAUAUGGACGGCGCUUUCUUCUGAAACCUCUCUCACAGAUGCCGAAGACCUAAUCUCGUCUGCGCGAAAAAUCAUGAUUGACAUGGCUCAGGAUGCUGGUGGUUGGAGAGAUGGCUCUGGCACGAACUCGUCACGCCUGACACAUGAAAUCGUUCAAAGACUGCUCAGUGAGGCAAAUUCUUUAACACCCCUUGGUCUUUAUUCUGCACGUGUCUUAGGCGAACUCCUUCAGGCAUUGACAGAGAACCACGGUUUCCCAUCUAGUGGAGAGCAAUGGUUGGCGAACCUGGACAUCCUGAAAAGUACUCCCACGACAGUGCUCCCCGCUGUUGCGAUUCUUAGCGGCCUCGGCGAAACCAUAUCUGCGUCAAAGACUAUCAGUAACUUUUGCAAUCGCUUGGUCAGCGAUGUUGCGGGAGCGACUAUCGACCAGGAGAAAAGCCUCAUCACCCUCGUGCUUCUUAACUCUUGCAUGCGAAUAUAUGACACUGGAGAGCUACCGGUCGCGAAUAACCGUUUAGUUUUCGCGGUUAGGCAAAUUACUUCGUGGCUAGAUACUCCCGAAAAGCUUGACUAUCGCUUCGCAGCAGAGGCCUGCCACUGCCUCCAAGGCCUCCUCCCAUGUAUCAAGGACGUGUAUGGGCCAUACUGGGAAAAGACACUGGAUUUCUGUAUCUACCUCUGGUCAAACCCGACAACAGAGUCCAUUGAUUGUCUCUUGCCUGGGAUCAAUGCAUCGCUCCGUCUAUUCACCACGCUAAAGUCAUUGGAAGAAGCAGAGCCCAAUGAUGAUCUCAUCGAUGCUCUACAGUCCUCGGCAGAGAAGAGGUCAGCUGCAUUAGUUGAAUUGCUCAGACUUCCUAGGGAGAAGGAUACGCAGCCCGUGGAAAUUAUAGAUUCUAUAAUCUGCCGGUUGGUGGAAAAGAUUCCUCUCGGUCAUAUAAAGGAUCUCUCGGAGUUAUAUGGGCUAGUGGCGAGUGACUCGCGAGGCAUUCAAACAGCGGCAUUUACCCUUCUCCAUAAAGCUCUCCCCGCUGCGCAAGAGGAGCUUUCGUUAAACGUUCUACUGGAGAAAAAGGAUGCCCAACUUCCGGAUGAACUCCUGUCUCUGCUACUUGAUGCGCCGACGCUCGAUAUUUAUCCCGAUGAUGUCCUUGCGCGUUUCCCAACUCCUAUUAGAUCCUAUCUCCUCUCAUGGCUUUUGGUUUUCGACUCAUUCAAAGCCGCUUCCUUCAAGGUACGCAGCGACUAUGCGGAUAAUCUAAAAGCAGCUAAUUACGUUGGUCCCCUGAUGGAAUUCACCUUCGACGUUUUAGGCCAUUCGCUAGCCCGGCCCCUGAAUUUAGACAAGGCCAAUUUUACGGUGGAGCAGAUUAAGGAUUACGACUUAAAGCUUGCUGAAGCCGAGACAGAGGAGAGGAGUAUGCAGUGGCUUCUCAUCCAUCUAUACUACCUCGUACUCAAGUACGUACCUGGUCUCUUCAAGGCAUGGUAUCUUGAGUGCCGUUCGAAACAGACGAAGAUUGCCGUCGCAGGCUGGAUGACCAAAUAUUUCUCCCCAAUAAUCAUAAAAGAGGCACUAGACGACGUAUCCGACUGGAGCAAAACUCAGGAAGAACCCGCGGAAGAUGAGAAGGAGUUGAUAGUCAAAGUCAGCAGCGCCGCGCGGGAAAUUACUGCCGGUUACGAAAUAGACGAGCUGCAGGCUUCUAUUUCGAUACGGGUCCCACAAGAAUACCCGCUUGAGGGUGUUACAGUAUCCGGGAUCAACCGAGUUGCAGUCAACGAGAGGAAAUGGCAAAGCUGGAUCAUCACAACACAAGGCAUAAUUACGUUCUCGGGCGGGAGCAUCAUCGACGGUCUCACGGCUUUCCGCCGCAAUAUUGUGGGCGCGAUGAAAGGACAGACCGAGUGCGCUAUUUGUUAUAGCAUCAUCAGCACUGACAAAAAGACGCCGGACAAGCGCUGUCAGACAUGCAAGAACCUCUUCCACCGAACUUGUCUGUACAAGUGGUUCCAGAGCAGUAACCAGAAUACGUGCCCCUUAUGUCGCAAUCCGAUUGACUAUCUUGGCUCCGAUAAGAGAACACCCAGGGGUGCUUGAGGAAGAAUAGGUCUGUACCAAGCAACCUAUUCGACGAACUGUAUGGGGAUAGAGUUAUAAGUAGUACACUGGUAAAGAGAAGUAAUAAUAUCUACGACUACCUACACAGGCUUAGACACGGCAUAUUGUGCAUUUUGAUCUAACAUUUGUAGAAGAUGUCAACUGGCGGAUCUACCAAGAAUGAAAUACCUACCUAGGUAUGUUAGUGAACAUCUGACUAUUUCACUUACUGCGUGCCUACGGAUGUUUAGACUUUUUUAGAAAAAAAAAACCAUUGAAAAUUAAUAUUAUAUACCUACCUACCU